AUGAACGCGGCACCUCCGCAUUUGAUUUUACUCUCCGGAUUGUCCAAGUGCAAUCAAUCCGCGAAUUCGAUUUCAUCGCAGGUGAGGCACGCGUCGACGCAGUUCCCGCAAGUGACCGGGAGGCUUUUGCCCAAGUGUAAAGUGACGCAGCAAGGCGCGGUGUUGGUCUCGGUGGAGUGUCCGGAGAGUUUGAGGCUGUCGAGAGCUUUGUUGGGGUUACUGCCGGGGUGCGAUAGGUAUUACGCGGAGCAAAGUCCGGAGGCGAUAAAUUUGACGCUCGGAAGGUACGCCGGGCAGGACGUGGAAGGGUUUGAAAGAUGGCUCGAUCGAAGUUUGGAGAGUCAGUUAGAUUUGUUGCCCAGGUUCCGAGGGACGUGCAUUCAGUUGAGCGACGAAGCGAGGCCGUUUCCGAAUCCGAGGAUGCCGUUGAUGGGAUCGUUAGCGAGCGCGUCGAGACUGGUGGGUGAAACAACAACGGUAGCCGCCGUAGGGGGGCUUGGAGAUGGGUUUGGAGGUUUUGGAAGCGGCGGCCUCGGCGGGUUACACGGCGACGCGAUGCCGCAAAGAAACACGAAUUUUGCUACGGAUUACGACGCGGCGUCCAGUAUUUUGGCAUCAGUUGGGAGCGGCGGGGCUGGUGGAUUAGGUUUAGGCUUUGGGGGCAGCGCAUGGGGUGCCGGCGGAGGCGCGUUCGGAGGCAGCGUAUUUUCGACGUCGCCGGUUGGUGGGGGUAGCGGUGGCGGACAACAGCAACAAACCGGCGGGGCGCCGGGCUCGUAUUCCGCCGGCGGGGCCUUGUCUUCAUCGGCUUCGUCAGCUUUAGGUGGUGGUAACAUGAUGGGGGGUAUGGGAGGUAGUGGAUCUGUCGCAGCGACGUCUACGGCGGCAGUUGUAGCAGGAACUGGUGGGGUGGGAUCGACGGGAGGAGGUCCCGCUCCGCCGCUUGGUCCGAGACCGGUCGGUGUGCCGGGUUUCACCAGCGGCUUGGGAUCAUCUUUGAUAGGAGGCCAACAACAACAGCAGCAACCACAAAGACCGCCGGGAGGUCCAUCGCCGCCGGGAGGAGGUUUGUCUGCUCCUGGAGGAGCGCCAGCGCCGCCGUCCGCGCCACGACCGACGAGUUGGGCAUCCAUCGCGAAGUCCACCGCGGCGGUUGUUCCGGAAAGCGCGGCGCCGGCGAAAGCCGCCGCGUCGCGCGGUCCGCCAGGAGGCGCCAUUCCGCAACCGCAAGUGCCGAAAGGUCCACCGCCGCCGUCCAACUUGAGAGCCGGUUACGCGCCGAACACCGACCCGUCGUCUAUCGCGCACAGUACGCGCCCGGGAGAUUGGUACUGUGAAAACUGCAACGCGCAUAACUUUGCCUCUCGAAACGCGUGUUUCAAGUGCAAAGAAAUCAAGAAGAACGUCACGCCGGUGAUGCAACCACCGCCGCAAGCUUCCAGUCCGACGGGUUCUUCUGGCGGCGGCAUGGAAAGAGAGUUUGUGCCGCCACCGCCAUUGGGUAACCCAUCCACAGCGGGUGCUAAUCAGGUGGACGAUUACGACGACGACGAUAAAGCGAAUGGCUAUUCGCACAACGGCGGCGUCGAGGCGGCGUUGCGACCGGGAGAUUGGUUGUGCGCGGGAUGUCGCGCGCAUAACUUCGCCUCGAGAGGCGCCUGUUUCAAGUGCAAAACGAGGAAAAGCGGUUUUUCGGAAGGACCGCCUUCUUCGAGAGAACAAAGAGACGACGACGACGACGACGGUCGCGGAGGUUUCCCCAUGCGAAGCGGCGAUUGGUUGUGCGACGGAUGUGGCGCGCACAACUUUGCUUCCCGAGGCGCGUGCUUCAAGUGCAAGAAAUAA